AUGUGUGAAAAUGGUGCAACACCAGAGGAUAUUAAAGAGAUCAUUGGUCUUUUUAAACCAGAUUCCUAUCUGAUCAGUGUCGAUGUGAUAGAUGAAAAGUAUAAAUUGACCAUCCCUAGAUUUGUAUUGGAACGCUAUAAAAUUGAUCAAGAAUGUUAUCAAUGUGGUCUUUACUUUCAUAUCCAUUCUUUCCGGGAUAGUCACGUCGUCAAGUACAUUGGUGAAACAUCAAGAUUCAUUGGUACGAGACAACAUGAACAUUUUACACUCAAAAAGGACAAAGCCACAAUGAAAAAGAUAGAGGCCAUUUUCGAACCAGGAUUCGCUGUAGCCUUUAACUAUGAAAAUGAUACCUUCAAAUGCGUUGAAGGAAAGACCCAAGUGUUAAUCUUGUGUUUGCCAUGCGACCACGCUCUAGCAAGAUUUUUGGAAUCUUGGUUCCUACAAAGAUUCUACUUUGAACAUAACUCAUCUUUGGCUGAUCAGAGCAAAGGAGCCAUAGCGCACAAUAUUCUUUUUUCAACAUCCAAAUCGUUGGUCGAUUGGGUGCGACUUGACGAGUGGCAGACACUUGUUGAGGUAUCUCCAAGUGAGGUCUCUACCUUUGGGCAGUAUGAUCGUGUUGAGCUUGCCGAGUGCCUCUUGGACUUUGACCAUCUCGUUUUCCAAUAUUUCUUGGCCUGGGGUUGGUUUGAAAGUAUUCCAGUCCUCGUUGGCGGUCGUUAG